AGCCCGCGCCGGCCGCAUGGCGCUCCGGGGCUUCUGCAGCGCCGAUGGCUCCGACCCCUUCUGGGAGUGGAACAUCUCGUGGAACACCAGCAACCCUGACUUCACCAAGUGCUUUCAGAACACCGUCCUGGUGUGGGUGCCUUGCUUUUACCUCUGGGCCUGCUUCCCCUUCUACUUCCUUUACCUUUCCCACCAUGACCGGGGCUACAUUCAGAUGACGCAUCUCAACAAAGCCAAAACUGCCUUGGGAUUCUUGCUGUGGCUCGUCUGCUGGGCAGACCUCUUCUAUUCUUUCUGGGAAAGAAGUUGGGGCUUGUUCCCGGCCCCGGUGUUUCUGGUCAGCCCGACCCUCUCGGGCAUCACCAUGCUGCUUGCUACCUUUUUAAUUCAGCUUGAAAGGAGGAAGGGAGUACAGUCUUCAGGGAUCAUGCUCACUUUCUGGCUCAUAGCCCUACUGUGUGCCCUUGCCAUCUUAAGAUCCAAAAUCAUGACUGCCUUAAAAGAGGGCGCCCAUGUCAACUUUCGAGACAUCACCUUCUAUAUCUACUUUUCCCUCGUGCUGGUCCAGCUUGUGUUGUCCUGUUUCUCAGACCGCUCGCCCCUGUUCUCGGAAACCAUCAACGACCCUAACCCUUGCCCGGAAUCCGGUGCCUCCUUCCUCUCCAGGAUCACCUUCUGGUGGAUCACAGGGAUGAUGAUCCGGGGCUACCGGCAUCCCCUGGAGAGCACUGACCUCUGGUCCUUGAACAAGGAAGACAAGUCAGAACAAGUUGUGCCCGUUUUGGUCAAGAACUGGAAGAAGGAAUGUGCCAAGUCCAGAAAGCAGCCGGUGAAGAUCGUGUAUCCCUCCAAGGACCCCACCCAGACGAAAGGCAGCUCCAAGCUGGAUGUGAGCGAGGAGGCCGAGGCUCUGAUCGUCAAGUCCCCCCAGAAGGAGCGGGACCCGUCCCUGUUCAAGGUGUUAUACCAGACCUUCGGGCCCUACUUCCUCAUGAGCUUCUUGUUCAAGGCCCUUCAUGACCUCAUGAUGUUUGCCGGCCCGGAGAUCUUAAAGUUGCUCAUCAAAUUUGCGAAUGAUAAGAGUGCCCCGGCCUGGCAGGGCUACUUCUACACGGCGCUGCUGUUCAUCAGCACCUGCCUGCAGACCCUGCUUCUGCACCAAUACUUCCACAUCUGCUUCGUCAGCGGCAUGAGGAUCAAGACCGCCGUCAUCGGCGCCGUCUACCGCAAGGCCCUGGUGAUCACCAACUCAGCCAGAAAGUCCUCCACCGUGGGGGAGAUUGUCAACCUCAUGUCGGUGGACGCACAGAGGUUCAUGGACCUGGCCACGUACAUCAACAUGAUCUGGUCGGCCCCUCUGCAAGUCUUCCUGGCCCUCUACCUCCUGUGGGUGAACCUGGGCCCUUCCGUCCUGGCCGGGGUGGUGGUGAUGAUCCUGAUGGUCCCCCUCAAUGCCGUGAUGGCCAUGAAGACCAAGACCUACCAGGUGGCCCACAUGAAGAGCAAAGACAGCCGGAUCAAGCUGAUGAAUGAAAUUCUCAACGGGAUCAAAGUGCUGAAGCUGUACGCUUGGGAGCUGGCGUUCAAGGACAAGGUGCUGGAGAUCAGACAGGAAGAGCUGAAGUCCCUGAGGAAAACUGCCUACCUGGCCGCCAUGGGCACCUUCACCUGGGUCUGCACACCUUUCCUGGUGGCCCUGUCCACAUUUGCUGUCUACGUGACCAUCGACAAGAGCAACAUCCUGGAUGCCCAGAAAGCCUUUGUGUCCCUGGCCUUGUUCAAUAUCCUCCGCUUCCCCCUGAACAUCCUCCCCAUGGUCAUCAGCAGCAUCGUGCAGGCGAGUGUCUCCCUCAAGCGCCUCCGGAUCUUUCUCUCCCACGAGGAGCUGGAGCCCGACAGCAUCGAGCGACGGUCCAUCAAAGACGGUGGGGUCACGAACAGUAUCGUGGUGAAGAACGCCACCUUCACCUGGGCCAGGAGCGAGCCUCCCACGCUGAAUGGCAUCACCUUCUCCGUUCCGGAAGGUUCCUUGGUGGCUGUGGUGGGCCAGGUGGGCUGUGGCAAGUCAUCCCUGCUCUCCGCACUCUUGGCUGAGAUGGACAAGGUGGAGGGACACGUGGCUGUCAAGGGCUCCGUGGCCUAUGUCCCCCAGCAGGCCUGGAUUCAGAAUAAUUCUCUCCGAGAAAACAUCAUCUUUGGACGCCCACCAAAGGAACAGUAUUAUAAGGAUGUGAUAGAAGCCUGUGCCCUCCUCCCAGACCUGGAAAUUCUGCCCAGUGGGGACCAGACAGAGAUUGGCGAGAAGGGUGUGAACCUGUCUGGGGGCCAGAAGCAGCGCGUGAGCCUGGCCCGGGCCGUGUACUGUAACUCUGACGUCUACCUCUUCGACGACCCCCUCUCAGCGGUGGAUGCCCACGUGGGGAAGCACAUCUUUGAAAACGUGAUUGGGCCCAAGGGGAUGCUGAAGAGCAAGACGCGGCUCCUGGUGACACACGGCAUCAGCUACCUGCCACAAGUGGAUGUCAUCAUCGUCAUGAGCGGUGGCAAGAUCUCCGAGAUGGGCUCCUACCAGGAGCUGCUGGAGCGGGACGGGGCCUUCGCCGAGUUCCUGCGCACCUAUGCCAACACCGAGCAGGAGCAGGAUGAGCAAGAUGAAGCAGGCAUCAGUGGUCCAGGGAAGGAGGCAAAGCAAAUGGAGAAUGGCAUGCUGGUGACGGAUACCUCUGGGAAGCAGCUGCAGAGACAGCUCAGCAACUCCUCCUCCUACAGCGGGGAUGUCACCCGGCACCACAACAGCACAUCCGAGCUGCAGAAGGAUGGGGCCAAGAAGGAGGAGACCUGGAAGCUGAUGGAGGCGGACAAGGCUCAGACAGGCCAGGUCAAGCUCUCCGUGUACUGGGACUACAUGAAGGCAAUCGGACUGUUCAUCUCCUUUCUCAGCAUCUUCCUUUUCUUGUGCAACCACGUGGCCGCCCUGGCCUCGCACUAUUGGCUCAGCCUCUGGACCGACGACCCCAUCGUCAAUGGGACCCAGCAGCACACUAAAGUCCGGCUGAGCGUGUUUGGAGCCCUGGGCAUUUCGCAAGGUGUUGCGGUGUUUGGCUACUCCAUGGCAGUGUCCAUUGGGGGGAUCUUCGCCUCCCGCCACCUGCACCUGGACCUGCUGAAUAAUGUCCUCCGUUCACCCAUGAGCUUCUUCGAGCGGACCCCCAGUGGUAACCUGGUGAACCGCUUCUCCAAGGAGAUGGACACGGUGGACUCGAUGAUCCCGCAGGUCAUCAAGAUGUUCAUGGGCUCUCUGUUCAACGUCAUCGGCGCCUGCAUCAUCAUCCUGCUGGCCACGCCCAUGAUUGCAGUUGUCAUCCCGCCCCUGGGCCUCAUGUACUUCUUCGUCCAGAGGUUCUACGUGGCCUCCUCCCGGCAGCUGAAGCGUCUCGAGUCGGUCAGCCGCUCCCCGGUUUACUCCCACUUCAACGAGACCCUGCUGGGGGUCAGUGUCAUCCGUGCCUUUGAGGAGCAGGAGCGCUUCAUCCGCCAGAGUGACCUGAAGGUGGACGAGAACCAGAAGGCCUAUUACCCCAGCAUCGUGGCCAACAGGUGGCUUGCGGUGCGGCUGGAGUGUGUGGGCAACUGCAUUGUCCUGUUUGCGGCCCUGUUUGCCAUGAUCUCCCGGGACAGCCUCAGUCCAGGCCUGGUGGGCCUCUCGGUGUCCUACUCUUUGCAGAUCACGACGUACUUGAACUGGCUUGUUCGGAUGUCUUCUGAGAUGGAGACCAACAUAGUGGCCGUGGAGAGACUCAAGGAGUAUUCAGAAACUGAGAAAGAGGCUCCAUGGCGAAUCCAGGAGAUGGCUCCCCCCAGCACCUGGCCCCAGGUGGGCCGGGUAGAAUUCCGGGACUAUGGCCUGCGCUACCGAGAGGACCUGGACUUCGUUCUCAAGAACAUCAACGUCACGAUUGAUGGUGGAGAGAAGGUUGGUAUCGUAGGCCGGACAGGAGCUGGGAAAUCCUCCCUGACCCUGGGCUUGUUCAGGAUCAAGGAGUCUGCCAAAGGCGAGAUUAUUAUCGACGGCAUCAACAUCGCCAAGAUCGGCCUGCACGACCUCCGCUUCAAGAUCACCAUCAUCCCGCAGGACCCCAUUUUAUUUUCGGGUUCCCUCCGCAUGAACUUGGACCCGUUCAACCAGUACUCGGACGAGGACGUCUGGACCUCGCUGGAGCUGGCUCACCUGAAAGACUUCGUGUCCACCCUUCCGGAUAAGCUGAACCACGAGUGUGCAGAAGGCGGGGAGAACCUAAGCGUCGGGCAGCGCCAGCUCGUGUGCCUGGCCCGCGCCCUGCUGAGGAAGACGAAGAUCCUGGUGUUGGACGAGGCCACAGCGGCAGUGGACCUGGAAAUGGACAACCUCAUUCAGUCAGCUAUCCGGACACAGUUUGAGAACUGCACGGUCCUCACCAUCGCUCACCGGCUCAACACCAUCAUGGACUACACGAGGGUGAUCGUCCUGGACAAAGGAGAAAUUCGGGAGUAUGGCACCCCCACUGAGCUCCUGCAGCAGAGAGGUCUCUUCUACAGCAUGGCCAAAGAUGCCGGCUUGGUGUGAGCCCCAGAGCUGGUGCAUCUGGUCGGAACUGCAGGGCCAGCACGCCAGCAUCCAGGGAUGAGCCAGCACCAGGCCACCCAAACCUCCAGUACAGAAACCAAAACCAAACACCAAAACACUCACAACACAGCCACCAUCUGGCCCUCUGCCUUGAAUUAGCUGCAAGAAGCAGAGAGACACAGAGACGCAGCCCACUCAAAACACACCCCCCCCCCUCUGCUGUUCCCACAAGCACACGUGUCCUCGUCCCUGGGGGAGGUGUGCCGUGUGCUCGGUGCUCUCUGACGAGGUUUCGGCAGCUGACUUCCAGAGGAAUUGGUUGCGUAAAAUAUCCCAGUGACCAAAUCCAGCCAACUGCCUCAGAUCUCUCCAGCCGAAGCCUUCGAGAUGCUCCCCAGCCCCCAUCAGCACUUCUCCCAUCCUUGUCUGACUAUCCCCACCCGGAGCUUUAUUUCCUCGGGCUGCAGUGUGGAGGUGAGGGGCCUGGUGAAGACCACCCUCCCCCGGGCAGUGUCUGCAGGCUCACGGGCGCGCCUCUUACCAACCACCUGGUCUUCCGGGCGCUCAGACUCUGGGAGCCAGCGUCCCAGCUCCGCCUGCCCCUGCACUGGCUGCCCAGACCAGAGGCAGCUGCUCCCCCGUGCUUCUAAUUGCCGGGCCUGGGCUGGACCUGUGAAGGGGAUUUGGACCGAAGCUCAGGAGGGCAGAGCCGCCCUAACGCUGACUUCCCGCCUUGCUCACCUCCUCACCUGCUCCAUUCUUCUCCUCGCCUUCCUCCCUCUCCCUUCUCCCCGGUUGCUAGGCUAAGGUCACCCCUCCAGGAGCCUGAGUGACAAGCGCUGCUAGUGAUUACGAAGCAUUCAAAGCCAAAGACGUGGGUGCCUCCCGAGAACGCCCAGCUGGUCCCGGAAAGAACCCUGUGGAGUCUUCUCGUCUUUAAGUUUCGGUUUCUCCCCCUUGGCAUCCGGUGCGCUGUCAAGGUCGGGUGUGGAGAGCUGGCCGCUGCGUUACUGAGUGUCCCUCAGGACAAGCAAAGAACAAAGAACCCACUCAUGAAUACCGGGGAUUGCUUUUUCUUUCUCGCUUUCUUUUCAAGUACUGCUCUAGGGAGAGAAAGUCUCAAGACUUUGCUUUCUUGGGAGGAGGUUCAGGGCAAAGAGCGGCAUUCCAGGGAAUCGCCGAGUCGGCAGCGUCUGAGCGUUGGUGGGGUGUUCCUGGAAGAGAACGGGGGUCCGUCAGCGGCUGGCCUUAAGGUCCCUUGGUCAGAGAGAAAAUGAGACUCUGAAACCAGAGCAGUCACUGCCGCCCGGAGUCACACCUGCUGGGAGUGACAUUGCCGGCGCCAGGGCCCAAGAAGCAUCUUCUUUUAGGUGGAAAUAAUAUAUUUAUUUUUUGUAAGUUAUACCAUUCUUUCACAUUAGAUAAACCAAGUUUUUCUUGGGGAUCUUUUUGUAAUGACUUACACUGGUAACAUGAACAUUUGCAAAUGAUUUGCAGUAAAAGAAAAGUUUUAUUUCUUUCUAAAUGACUGUUCCAUUUUCUUCGGGUCAUGAGCGAAGGUGCCAGCCCUCUGCCUGUGGUCGGGGCACCCUCUUGUCCGCUUCUGGUCCUUCCUCCUGGCAAGCACAGUGUUGUCAGAAAUGGGGCGCCUGGAGGUUAAUAAUCC